GUCGCCGCGGGAAAGAAGGCGACGGCGUCGAGCGUGCGCAGGUGGAAACGCCAGCUCGCUGCUGGUGCGCUCAAUGCGGGUCAACGGAGUAUUGUUGAGAAAGUGGCCGAUCGGGUUCUGGCGCAGGAGUUCUCGCCCCCGGCGCGGGGGCAGAAG